GUUCGUAGAAACGGUGUUCAUGUCUACAGCUCAACAGAAGCAAAUCAAACGAAUACGAGCCACCUGUGUGGUGUGGCCACUAUAAGCAGUCCUGAUGUAACAACAAUUACAUGUGACAGUACGGCCAGAUACAUCACUCUCUACCAGAAUACAUCAAACAGUCAAUACAACCCACCAGGACAAUGGUAUGAUGGAUUUUUGUGAAGUAGAAGUCUACGUUUGUGAUCCUGGAACCUUUGGUGAGGACUGCAGCCAGUUUUGUCACUGUCGAGAUGGAUCAUGUAACUACACAACUGGAGAAUGUACAGGAGGAUGUAAGCCAAACUGGACUGGGUCAAAAUGUAAUGGUUGUGAUUCCAGUCACUACAGUGACUUAUGCAGAAAACAAUGUUCCAGUAGACACUGUGACGAAACAACAGGGAUAUCAUCAUGUGACGUAAGAGGACCAUGUGACAAUGGAUGUGACCCAGGGUGGAAGGGAACCGACUGUCUGCAAAAGUGUCCAGCCAGCCAAUAUGGGAAAGCCUGUAACAAAUCGUUUGUGAACCGGAAAUGUCUGAAUAGUUCCCGUUCCUGUGAUCACGUGACUGGGGAGUGUGUUCGCGGCUGUAAAAGAGGCUAUCAAUCUGUGGAUUGUACUGAAUUUUGUUCUGAUGGAACAUAUGGCUACAACUGUAGCGCGUCAUGUGAUAAUCGACACUGCAGUGGUAAUCAAGACUGUGACAGAUACUUUGGAGCCUGUACUCAGGGCUGCGUGAGUGGCUGGGAAUCGACAGACUGCACAUUUGAAUGCCGUGAUGGCACGUACGGUCCUGAGUGUAGAUUCACCUGUAGUGACAGACACUGUACAGUGGACAGCAAGUCAUGUGAUGCACAAACUGGAACUUGUCUUAAUGGUUGUCAGUCAGGAUGGAAGACAACAAGUUGUAUCGUAGCAUGUGACAGCGGUACAUACGGCCCAGACUGUCCGUUAUCGUGCUCACAGAGACAUUGUCAGGACGAAGCUGCCAGUUGCCACCAUGUUACUGGUUCCUGUGGAGGUCCAUGUAAGGGAGAUUGGAAGGGAAUAGACUGUACAGGUAGGUAUUCUGUAUUUGCAUACAGUAAUGCAAUUAACAAAUAUCUCCAAAACAUUUACAUUUGUUGUGAUUCCAGUCCCUCACGUUAUUUAUGCAGUAAACAAUGUUCCAGCAGACAUUGCGACGAAACAACCGAGGUGUCAUCAUGUGACGUCAGAUGGUCUUGUGACAGGGGAUGUCAACCAGGAUGGAAGGAGUGCCCAGAGGGUCAAUAUGGAAAAGCUUGUGGAAAUUCGUGUGUGAACCGCAACUGUCGGAAUAGUUCCAGUUCCUGUGACCACGUGGCUGGGGAGUGUGUCAGCGGUUGUAAGCGAGGCUAUCGACAUAUUGAUUGUACCAAAUUUUGUUCUGAUGGAACAUAUGGCUACAACUGCAACGCGUCAUGUGAUGAUCGACACUGCAGUGGUAAUCAAGACUGUGACAGAUUCUUUGGUGCCUGUACUCGGGGCUGCAUGAGUGGCUGGGAAUCGACAGACUGCACAGUUGAAUGCCGUGAUGGCACGUACGGUCCUGAGUGUAGAUUCAACUGUAGUGAAAGACACUGUAAAGGAGACAGCACGUCAUGUGAUGCACAAACUGGAACGUGUCUUAAUGGUUGUCAGUCCGGAUGGAAGACAACAAGUUGUAUCGUAGCAUGUGACACUGGUACAUAUGGCCCAGACUGUUGGUUAUCGUGCUCACAGAGACAUUGUCAGGACGAAGCUGCCAGCUGUAACCAUGUUACUGGCUCCUGUGGAGGUCCAUGUAAUGAUGAUUGGAAGGAAAUAGACUGUACAGGAUGUACAGGGGCAUAUGGCCCAGGAUGCAAUUCGUCAUGCAGCGCCAGACACUGUCUAGCUCAUAACGCGCCAUAUGACCACGUGACUGGAUCAUGUGAUGGACCAUGUAGUGCUGGUUGGCAAGGAGAUACGUGUACUGAAAAAUGUGACACUGGCAAAUACGGUGAUAACUGUGCCAUGUACUGUGCCGCCAGAAACUGCAGAGACGAUGAUGUCUGUCCUAUUGAAAACGGGCUGUGUGUCAGUGGAUGUAUCUCUGUAUUUCACGGAGUGGACUGCGUGCGAGCUGUCACUUCCAACACCAUUGCUGUUUCCGUUGUGGCGAGUGUUCUCUUUGUGUUGUUGGUUAUAGUGACGAGUCUUUUCAUCUGGUAAGUAGAUCAUAAUUUUACGUUUAUGU